GCGACCGUCCAGAUAUAGGGGAGAGUGCAGCUACUUUGCUUAGUGAAAUUCCAUCAUCAGAUGGAAGGGACAGUCCACAUCCGAGCGCUCCGCAUGUUGCAGGUCGCGAUUUUGAAGAUUGGACUGUGACGCAGGGUUUUUUUUACGUGGAUGGGUGGAUUCAUGCUCUACUUCGAUGACAAGUCGCGAGCCACUCUUCGACCCGACGAACUUUUGCGUUUUGUUCGUGAGGGAUCCGUGGACGUACCUGUCAUCAUAGAAGCAGACAUAGAAGAUCGAAGCAAGGGUGACGCAUUAUCCAAGGGCAUUGCCGUUCUUCAGCUGGCGUGGUUCGUUCUUCAGCUUGUCGCCCGUUACACCCAGAACCUUCCGAUAACACUGCUUGAAAUCGACACUCUGGCUGUAGCUGCCCUGACCUGCAUUACCUAUGGCUUUUGGUGGAAGAAGCCCAAGGAUGUGGGACGUCCUCAUGCUAUUUAUUGGAAAGCAACUGCAUCUCGGCCAAGAAGAUUAGCCUACGACAAAGUAAAUCCAAUGUUCUCCCGUGAAAACUGUUCCCAUUACUUUAUCUCUUGUGUCUAUCCGAUUUUUACUCUUAUGGGCGCCGCCACAUUCAAUUCCCCCCGUGCUGUCCAUUCACAUCGGGUUCCGUCUGUAGGUGGCUAUGAUGAGGAUGGUGCCGGUCGUCAUCGAACCAUUAUACUUGCCAUCGGAUGUUGCAGUGGGGCGGUGUUUGGAGCGAUACAUUGUCUAGGCUGGAAUGAUGUGUUUCAGGGGCGUACAGAACAGUUACUCUGGCGUGUGGCUUCCCUUGAGAUAGUAUUAACACCGGUAGGUAUUAUGAUGUUGAGCUAUUUUAUUUGGGGGAACGAUUCGGACGGAUGAAGUUGUCGCACCUGUGGGUUUAGUCGUUGGCGCUCUCAUAUAU